AUGGACAAGAAGUCGUCAACGCCGGUAAGGCCACUAGGGCUGGGAGCCCUGGUCAUAAGUGAUACUUUAUACAAGGGUAAAAUCCCCAGAAGUUGUAACCCAGGUUCAUCGUGGAGGAUAUGGGAAAGAAUGAUGUCCAUCACACAGCGACCAGAGGAGUCCUUAGUAGAGUUUUAUACUACGGCACAGCAAGCUGCUGCGACGUGUGAAUUCGUAACCUUUAAGGAUGUGGGAGAGAUGGUAGCGACAAUGGUAUUUGUGGGUGAAAAUUGUGGUCGUGUUAUCAUUUAUUUUAGAUUUUCCAAUCCCGAAAAGACUCUUACAAGGCCACUGAACUGGACGAGCGUUGCGGAUAUUCUCGACCCUGUUAUGAAUAGAGACAGACGGUUGGAGCCUUGCCCUCAGUUCAGGGGUAAUGAGCAGUUGACAAUGAGUUCAUCAAAGCAGACCACUGAUUUCGGAAUCAGUUUGGAUGCAAAUUCGUCAGCAAUGAGUGACUAUAAAUGUGAAGAGACAUCACUUUUACCAAACGAUAUAUCGGAUUGGCUUGACAGAAGUCUUUCACAGCCCAAUGAUCCGGUGAGUGAUUUGUUUUGUUUCGAAAUAAAUGUGUUGGGUCACUUUCAGUUAUCAUUGCUAAUGCGAGAUUUGGAUUUCGAAUUGGCGAGUCAAGAUUUACCUCGAUGUGAGGCAGAUUUAACGUUUGAUAGCAAGCUGAUGUUUAACGAUGGGUCAUCUUCAAGUGAUUCUCCAUUAUCGACAGAUUCAGGCAAUCACUCACCGAAGAGUUUGUCGUCCUCUGAGGUUAGCUGUCAUUACUAUCUAGAAACGAAAGCUGUUUGUGAUCUUUGGCAAGUGAAUCCACUGAAUAAGAUCGCUAACGAUCAUUCGACAUCGGAAUAUGCCUCCUUUAGGUCACAUGAAUUGAAUGUGAAAGGUGAUGAAUCUAUUGUGCCGAAUUAUGAGAGUAUGGAUGUGACAGAAUCAUAUGGUAUCAGAUCAGAGAAUGUGAAGCAGAUGAGUUUUGCUAAUGAAGUUGAUGAAACGCUACCGGUGUUGGAUUCCAUACCAAUUCAAACAACUUCCGUACACGAAUCAGCAUCAGCGAAACUACGACCACCGACACGUCUUGUUCCUGUGGUUGCUUCCACAUCUCAGGCUAGUUCCGCAACGAAUCAACCUGUAAUAUACAUAUUACCAGCCUCAUCGAAUUCUGUUCCCAGCGAGUUUCUUUCAUCAAAUAACAUCAAUCACAAUAACGAAUACACGUCAAAUAAACGGUCAUUCCCAACCAAUACAAAUCGCUCGCAACCGUAUCCAUCAAUUCGACCCAAAUUACUCAUACCAAAACGUGAAACAUCUUCACCUCCUCCAUCAGUUCCCAUCAUCGCCAAUCCAAUCCAGAUCCAAACCGUGAGUGUGCCAACCAUAUCGAACGCAGUCAUAACACCGAUUGCAACGAUUAAUGGUGGCUUGCAAUUGAUCGAAUGUCGAACAACGUCUACCAACCCCACAACGACAGUCACUCGCAAUAUGUCCGUCGAAAGCGGUUUUGAUAAUUCGGAAAAGAAACGUGAGUGUUCUAUAUCAUGUUUCAUGUCUGCANAAGGUUUUCAGGAGAUUGACGCAAUGAAGCAAACAAUAGUCGAGAAAGAUGCGCUGAUAGCAAAACUGAAGGAAGAAAAUCAAGAACUGAAGGAAACUAUCAGCUUAUUGAGAACAGAGGGUGAGAAUUUAAAACGCACGAAGGUCAGUGAACGCGCAAGAUUAGCUGCCGGAACGGUUUGUGUUGCAGUCGUUAUAAUGAUGGUCACUUUCAGUCCUCCUUCUCUUUUACGAUACAACCCAGUCGUUCCGGUCUCUGACAGUAUCACAGAAAAAUUUCCGUUGAACUCAUUCGAGAAAAGGAUGGAGAAUAGCAUUCAGCAGCAUGGUCGUACACUUCUGUCGAUUGAUUAUGACGCUGAACAGAAUGGAGAUUUGACUGAAGAAGGAAGAGCACUUCGGCCGAAAAAGGAUGAAGGUGAAAUCGUUCAUAUGGGUAGUGGAACACUGAACAUCAGCAACUUAUCGGACUGUAAUGAAACCAGCAGAAUCUACUGGAAUCAGACGGAGGCAAUCAGAUCAACAAACGAUAAGAGGGAAGAAGCUCGAUUGAAAGCUGUCCGAGAACGUGCAUGGCGGCAUAUCGAUAUGAUUAGCACGGGGGCAGCUGCUGAUUCUGAGUCAUCGCAACAGAAAUUGCGAGAUCGUGAUAUAAGAUCAACAUUGUUCACUGAAUCGUAUACAAAUGUGGUAAGAAAGAAUGCAAAACGACUGCGUGGUAAACCUACACUCGAUCCACUGAUUGCAUCGAGUGUCGAAUUGAAAUACAUGGAUUUGACAAGAACUUUGAAGCAACGUGACGAUACUUUAUACGUUAUUGCAAUGAAGGAUUACUUACUGCUUCCCGCAACAGAUCGUAAUAUCACAAUGCAUCCAAAAGUGGCGUUCAUUUUACCAGCACUUUCGUACAACGGAACAUUGGAUAAUCACGUUCCGAUGAUGCGUAUUGAAUGCGAAAUAACGGGUACAGGAUUGUUCCACAUAGCAGACUCUCUUGUAUCAUUGUUCUACACUCAGUCGUUUUAA